AAAAAAAAAACAAGAGAACAAUGUUAGCCUUGGUGCCCUUCGCUUCACAGCCUGUUUAGCAGCAGCCAGCCUCCACCCCUCUGUCAUUUUAUUUUUAUGUUUUUCAGCGUCACAUCCCCCUGGCCGGAGGAAUGUAGAGACGGAGCGCUUUAAAAAUAGCAUCCUCUCCUCUGACAGCGCUGCUCCGGUGGCUCCGCGGCACUGUGGUGCGAGAAGCAGGAAUGCGAAGAUGGCUGCAGACCUAGGAGAGCUGCUGGUUCCGUACAUGCCCACCAUCAGAGUCCCCAGGACGGGAGACAGGGUUUUCAAGAGCGAGUGUGCCUUUUCUUUCGACUCUCCAGAGUCUGAGGGAGGCCUGUAUGUGUGUAUGAACACAUUCCUGGGCUUCGGACGAGAACAUGUGGAGAGACAUUAUCGCAAAACAGGACAGAGUGUUUACAUGCACCUCAAGCGACAUGUCAAAGAGAAAGCCACAGGAGCUGCAGGAGGCGCCAUCCCCAGACGAAGAAAUGGGAAAGUGUUUCUAGAUUUAGAACUAAACCGUGAUUUUAACGGAGAGGACUAUGAAUACGAAGACGAGGCCAAGCUCGUCAUUUUCCCAGACCACUUCGAGAUCCCCUUACCAAAUAUUGAGGAGUUGCCCGCUCUGGUGACCAUCGCCUGUGACGCAGUGCUCAAUGCAUCAUCAGCUUACAAGAAGCAGGAGCCUGAAUCCUGGGAUGAGGAGAUCCAGGUGUCUAGACAUGCCAGGAGCCUCAGACAGCUGGAUAAUGGGGUCAGAAUCCCACCCAGCGGCUGGAAGUGUCAGAAGUGCGAGAUGAGAGAGAACCUGUGGCUCAACCUGACGGAUGGAGCAGUGCUCUGCGGGAAGUGGUUCUUUGAUGGGAGCGGGGGUAACGGCCACGCUCUGGAGCACUACAGAGAGACCAACUACCCCCUGGCUGUCAAACUGGACACCAUCACCCCAGAUGGAGCAGACGUCUAUUCAUUUGAAGAGGAAGAAGCUGUGUUGGACCCUCAUAUAUCAGAACACUUGUCACACUUCGGAAUAGACAUGCUACAGAUGCAGAAAAGAACAGAGAAUGGGCACCACACAGACAAUAACGCGCGGCCGCGGGUCAGUGAAUGGGAGGUGAUCCAGGAGUCAGGCAUGAAGCUGAAGGCGGUGUACGGUUCUGGUUACACAGGCGUCAAAAACUUGGGCAACAGCUGCUACCUCGGCACAGUAAUGCAGGUCCUCUUCAGCAUCCCAGACUUCCAGAGGAUGUAUGUGGGUAAUCUUCAGAGGAUAUUUGACUACUCACCCCUUGACCCCACCCAAGACUUCGCCACACAAAUGGCUAAACUGGGACACGGACUGCUCUCAGGCCAGUACUCCAAACCGCCCAUGAAAUCUGAGCUCAUUGAACAGGUGAUGAAAGAAGAAUACAAGGUAUUAAACUGGCACCAGCAGAAGGGCAUCUCCCCCAGGAUGUUGAAGGCCCUGGUCAGCAGGGGACACCCAGAGUUUUCCUCAAACAGACAACAAGAUGCCCACGAGUUUCUUCUGCACAUCAUCAACCUGGUGGAGAGGAACAGCGCAGGUUCAGAGAAUCCAAGCGACGUCUUUCGCUUCCUGGUGGAGGAACGAGUUCAGUGCUGCCAGACACGUCGGGUGCGUUACACUCAGCGGGUUGACUACUGCAUCCAACUGCCAGCCCCCAUCGAGGCUGCCACCAACCGAGAGGAGCUGCUGGCAUACGAGGCCAAGCGGAAGGAUGCUGAAGAGAACAUGAGGGCCCCUCCUGAACCGGUGAGAGCUCGGAUCCCCUUCACCGCCUGCCUGCAGGCCUUCACAGAGCCAGAGAACGUCCCGGACUUCUGGAGCUCAGCGCUGCAGGCCAAGUCAGCUGGAGUCAAAACUUCCCGUUUUGCCUCCUUCCCAGAGUAUCUGAUUGUGCAGAUUAAGAAAUUCACAUUCGGAGUUGACUGGGUGCCGAAGAAACUAGACUUGGCCAUAGAUGUUCCAGACUUCCUGGAUCUGAACCGGCUGCGGGCCACAGGGCUGCAGGCAGGUGAAGAGGAGCUGCCUGACCUCAUGCCCCCGAUCGUGCUACCUGAAGAUACCAGAGAUAACUCAAUGAGCUCCAUAGACUCCCCAGAAAUAGACGAGGCAGCAGUAAUGCAGCUGGCCGAGAUGGGUUUCCCGCUGGAGGCCUGUAGGAAGGCAGUCUACUACACAGGCAACAUGGGCCCUGAGAUGGCCUUCAACUGGAUCAUAGCCCACAUGGAGGAACCUGACUUUGCAGAACCUCUCACACUGCCCUCCAUGAUAGAUCCUGGUCCCUCCACCAGUGACAGCCCCACGGGUGCAACUCCGCUGGGCAACUCACCCCCCGAGGAGAGCAUCGCCAUCCUCACUUCCAUGGGCUUCCCCCGCACUCACAGCAUCCAGGCUCUCAAAGCCACGAACAAUAACCUCGAACGAGCACUCGACUGGAUCUUUACCCACCCGGAGGAGGAGGAGAGCGACGCCCUCUCAGACAUGGCUGACACAGAGCCCAACGACAAUGCCUUCUCCAACGCCAACUCACACAGCGACUCCACGCUGUCUCCAGACAGAGACACGUCGGGCCCACGAAUCAAAGAUGGACCGGGACGUUAUGAGCUCUUUGCCUUCAUCAGCCACAUGGGAGCGUCCACAAUGUCUGGACAUUAUGUUUGUCACAUUAAAAAGGAGGGAAGGUGGGUGAUCUACAACGACCACAAAGUGUGUUUGUCAGAAAGGCCUCCAAAAGACUUGGGCUACGUCUACUUUUACCAUCGACUGUCUAGCAGUUAAACUGAAGUUACCACCCAACCCCACCCCCACCUCUCCACCCUGCAACCUUUAAAGAACCGCGGUCUUUCACUCAGAGGACUGGCAGACAACUGUAAUAACAGCCACAGUGGAAAUGAUGGAAAUAACCUCUCAGACCAGCUGCUCGCCUUACUGUGAUGUCAUCCAUGAGCAACCAGGAAACACUGGUCAGAAAGGGAAAGCAAUGUGCUUUUUGUGCAUUUGUGUUACGUUCUGCUUUAAAUGUAUAUUUCAGUGUUUAUGUUUAAGAAAAAAAAAAGAAAUUUUCUCGACAGUGUAGGUACAGAGGGAUGUGUGCAAUUUCCACUUCUGGACUGCUCUGGACACAAAAUAAUGUCACAUAUCAAAUCUCAUUUUUCCUCCUCUAUGCCUUCAACUACUGUGCCAAUAUUUUCAAAGUGGUACGUACAUUUUAUAAAUGUAUUUUGAAACGGCAGUGCUUCACUGCCGGCCCUGAAAUGCUCUGAAACUGCGACAACAAACCAGAAAUUACUGUGCUGCUGGUGGUGGCUUUGCAUUUUACUUUGAUAGAGAAAAGAAUGUUUUUCAUCUCCGGGAAAUUGAAGGGAGAUCAAGAAUUAAUAAUGUUUCGAGAGAAAAUACCGGCAUACUAUAUGCAGGUUUCAGAAUGAAGGUGAGCACUGAGAAAGGCGUGAAUAGGUAUAAAAAUGUGACUGUAGUUAAAUAUACAGUAUCACUGGCUGAAUAAUGGCUCAGACCUGCCCCAGUUUUACUUAGAGAUGAUGUGCAUAUAUGUCACUUUGCAGCAUGGUACACUGCCUGAGUUAUCAAGAUCGUAGUAUUAUUAAGUAUUAUUUCCUUCCCUGAAAGCACUUUUUUUUUUUUUGGAUUAAAACAAGUUCAUAUUUUGCACCUGAUCCAGUAGAAGUGGACUUAUAUUAUUCACCAGAUACAAGCAAUUGAAUGUGAUACCUUAAAUUUCCUCUUCAGUACUGCUGAACCUGAUAAUUCCUGAAGCAGCCAUGAGUCUAUGAAGAGUUUGUUUAUAAUUGAUGCCUAAUAUAAGCAAAGCUGUGCUUAUUUUAAGAUGGCUGUCAAUUCAUCAGUGCACAUGUAAGUUAUACAGAAGUCCUCAAUCCUGCAGUGAUCCUGAUUUGUUAAUUAUUUUUGCCCAAAUUGCAAAAUAUGUGCAUUGUAGGCAAAAAAAAAGAAAACUUAACUCUGAGCUGCAGCUGGUCCACUUUGGUUCUUUUAUCACUUUGACAGAUUCAGACUCUGACCCAAAAGUUAAAAUGAAUGUUUUCUUUGACUUGUUGCCACUUUUUUACAGUCAGUUAAUUUAUGCAUCCACAUCUAAAGCAAUAUGCACUACAACCAAACCUACUCUUGAACCUACUGUAUGAUAAAAGCUGUACAGUGACUGGUAUCUCCUCUAAAACGUGCGUUCUUGUACUAACCAACAGACACGGUGCAGUGCUGAAUGUAUAACUUCAUGGUGCUCACUGCAACCAGAACCUCCUCUUCAGCUUUAAUACUCAGAAACCACAGUCAAAGUAGAAACUUGCCCUUUGCUGUUUAGUCACUAUAACCUCGUGCUGGAUUAUCCACCUACUCUGUACUCUCCUCAUUUACCUACUCAGUGUGUUCAUAAUCUGCGGAAUAAUUUAUGGGCUUGUUUAUCAGAAAUUCAUGAAUUUACAGCCUCUGACUAUAAACAACAUCUCAGUAUUUGCAGUCAUAUCUUCUUUCUGUUUACUUGGAUGCUACAUGGAACUGGAUGUUAAAAAGUUGGUGUAAUAUUCUAAAGUAUUGCUGUUUAGUCGGUGGCAUAGACCCUUGACUCCAGUUUGAUGACCUUGGCAUGUGAUGAAACUAUUUUUCACUCAGUAAUGCAUAUUUUAAAGGGGAGUUUUGCUGAAAAUUGACUUUUCCAGUCCAGUUUUUAGCUGAUUUUGGAGUCAUUACUUCUUAUUUUCAAGGAGAGGACAUUCCUUUGACAAUAAAUUGAUAUUUCCUUGAGAGGGUUGAAAGAAGAAAAAUGGGGACAUACAUCUAAAACUGUGUUAGUUUAUGGCUGGAAUAUGAUUGUCCUUAAAAAUGUCUUUCAACAGUCUCAGGUAUUGCUUUUCCAAAAAAAAAAAAAAAAAAAAAAAAAAAGUCACAGGAGUGUCUUUCCUUGAGGGAAGAAACAGACAAAAAAAUCUUUAUGGAGACAUUCAGAUAAAUAUCUACUUUACAGAAUAAAUCCAUAUCUCUGCAGUGCUCCCCUUUAACAACACUGUGCCUAGACUUCGAGAGCAGAGUUCAGAGACACUGAGCAGAGUUUCAGUUUUAUUAAAUGCCGACCUCUCAUCCUCAUCAAAAACUACUUGAUAAACUGCUGCAGCGUUCAUUGUCUAUGCAGCAGGAAACUCUAAAAAGGUCUUUCUAUGCAAGUCUUGUUUCAGCUGUUCUUCCUGUUUAAAAAAAAAAAAAAGACGACGUUUUUCUUUUUCUCAGAAACCAAAUAUGUCCUCCUGUCAAACCCUGAUCUCAUCAGUGGAGAGGUGAUAAACUUGUCAUCUUGCUCAAUGAUGUUUAGUCAUAAAUGUCUUCAGAUAUUUAGUGCAAUUCAUUUUAUUUCUCAGCACCUUUUGUUUCCAUACCAUCAUCCUCCCGAUCACGUUAUCGUCCUUUGUAUUUUUGUCUUUUUGUUCCAGCUUUCCCUUCCAGCUCGGUCUCUUCCAUUCUUCUUCGAUGCGUUGUGAAAACGGUUCAAUUUGUCACAAAAAGGCUUUUUCACUGUCAGCAUGUGCACUAGACGUUGACAUUUAGUCAUUUGGAUUGUACCAUUGUACCUUUUGUGAGUUUUGUUCUCCUUUUUUCAUUUAACUAAAUGUCAAAAAGGUUCUUCACCUGUUUUUACUCUGUUGCCUUUUUGCAAACAAGUUUGUGCCAGUUCUGUAGUUUUCAUUACAUAGUUUUCCUGACGGGAUUAUUUUAAGUUGCCUUUUGUAAUGUAUGUGUUUAUCCAAAUAUGGCUUAGGUGUAUGUGAAUAGAGUCAUGACAGUACAGUAUACCCAGUGGCACUGUUUACUUACAAUGUUUGGAUAAUUGAAUAAACUACACCUUUGUUGAGA